AUGAAGAAAGUAGGUCUGGACCUAAAGAGUAGUAAUGACAAUAGUCCAGUCGCGGACUCACCGCAACCUUUAGUUCAAAAGAAAAAGCGGGCUAAAAAGCCUAAAGUAAAGACGGGUUGUCGAACAUGCAAGAUCCGUCGGGUUAAGUGUGAUGAAACGAGUCUUGAUCUAAUUUCUGACGCUCCACUGUUGACUGCUAAUAUUUAUCUGAUUUCAGAGAAUGCCUCAGGUUGGUUUCACUAUCGUCGACAGGCAGUCUACUAA